AGGUGGGGGGCCCCUUGAGGACUCACCCUCACCCACCAGAGAUGCAAUUUGUUUGAUGCUUUGUUUUAGUUAGUGGCUCCAUCAGCUCUCUGAAGAUGUAGUGAACCGAAUGAAAGAAUCUCCUCAAAGUAAAAGGGACAACCAGAGAUCGCCCCAUUCAUCCAGUGACACAGCUCCAUCUUCACCAGCUGCAGAAGGGAAACCCAAAUCUCCUACAGGCAUCCAGCCACCAGCAAGUAACUCUGAUCAGAAGUCUUCUGCUGCAGAGCAGGAACUGUACAGGAGGUAUGAGCGAGAACAGGCACUGGUCCAAGAGGAGUUGCUCCGGCUGGCCAAAAGAGAAAGGGAAGCAGCCAGCGAGGCCUUGAAUACUGCCCUUCAGCGGGAAAGGAACGACGCUAACGAAGAGAGGCAGAGAGUGGCCCAGAUGGCUGUAGAGCUGCAAGGCCAGGAGGCAGAGCUGAAGCGGCAAGAGGCCUUCUAUAAAGAGCAGUUGGCCCGCAUUGAGAGAAAGAAUGCAGAGAUCUACAAGCUGACAUCCGAGCAGUACCAGGAGGCAGCCACCAAGGCAGAGGAGUGGAUAAAGAGGAGGAGCACUGAUCCUGUCUGUGCAAGCCUGCAGUCUGAAAUUCUGAAGUGCUACCAAGAAAACAAACGUGAAGUGCUCAAAUGCUCGGAGCUGGCUAAGAAGUAUCAGCGCUGUGUUAGUGCUGCUCAGAAGACUGUUCCUUUGGGCACCCAUUUCCCUUUGCCUGUUGCUGUGCGCAUCUCUGAGCCGGGAGCCGAGAUGUGCCCUCAGUUACUUCUGCCCCACGGACAAAUAUAUCAGGGCUGCAUCUCCCCCAUCAAGGGAGAGAAAUAGGCACUGCUAGAGGAUGGUGCAUCUGAUCCUAAAACAGUCCUCUGAAACAGGUCAGCUGAAUUGCCAUCCACGAGUGAAUCUUUCCUCUCUGCUGCUUGGGAGGCACAUCCAGACCAUGAAUUCCAAAGUUAAUGCCUGUAGUGGGAUGUUCAUAGAGUUAUGGGAGCAGGAUCCCCCUCUGACUGCCCACUUUUGUAGCUUUUAUGCUUUCAACUUGCCCCGCCUAACUUGCUCACUAACUUUGCCGUUCAUACCAUCCUGAAUGUUAAGCUUUGAUUGCCUCGCUGCAGCGGCGUCAGCCCACUUAGGCUCUGGGUUGCUUGCUGCAUCCUGUGCUUUGCUUAUGUGGAAGCUCUCUGACUUUAGAGUAUGUUACUGUAAUGUCUCCUGUUUAAUUUAGGAGUGUUUUAUCUUUUCUGGUGGUCUGUUUUCAUGGCUCUGCAGAACUUCAGCUACAGCAUAAAAAUCGCUGGCUUUAAAUCUAAUAAAAGCUUGGAUAAUGGGACAGCUGUGGGAGGGGCAGUUCCCAUUGUGUCUUUUAAAAUUGCCUGUAGUUUAUUGACCACAAGUUUCACCAAGAGCUACUACUGCUGUUAGAUAAUGAGAAUUGAAAAUUGCUGCUGCUGUUUCCCCAAGGUUUUAUCUCAUGCCAAUGAGAAGAGGGUGUGGAAGGAAAAGGAGAGUGGGCCGUGGAAAUCUGCGUAAUUUCUUACUUUGAGUCCAGAUGGAAGGGAAAAACAAAUGAUUUUUUUUUUUUUUUAAGUCUGAGUCCUGUUACUGAAUUGCUUCCCUCCCCCUGCAAAUAUGCACUCACAUGCAAGAUUUUCAGAUUUUGUGACCCAUUCUGCAUCCCUUACGUCUUGUUCAUACCAGUAGGCAAAUCUGAAUUUCUAUUGAAUUUUAGUUGGUUAAUUUGUUAUGUAAUUGGUGGUUGUACCAGGGAAUCUCCAACCAGCUGCCACUUGAAAAAUGCGGCCUCUGGUGACCAUAUAUUAACGUGAUUUGAGAUUUCAAACAGAACCCACUUCUUGCGACUGUGCAGAAAAAUGUCUAUUAGUGAAGAGUGUGUAUCCCUUUCUUUCCAAGUGUUUUCUUACUGUCUCUAGGUGCUUGUCUUUCACAGAAGGACCAAGGUGAAAUUUUUGCGCUCUAGCUCCUGGCCAAACCAAGCUAUAUACUCAGACACAUGUAUUCCCUUGUCAAUAGGAGCUGUAUACAUUGAGCUAGGAGCCAUUCAUAAUUCUGCACUCUUUCUCCCUAUUCUGUGUCCAGCUUCUCACGAGUCUGCUAUUCAUAACAGACAAAGGUAAACCUACGUCUAUCAAGGCUUUAGGGCUUGUCUACAUGAGGAAAUUACAAUGCAAAAACUGGUGAGUGAGUUUACGGUACAGCAACUUCUCUGUGUAUGAACAUUCUCGGUUUGUAAUGGAAGAGCAGGGAAAAUGCACGCUCGUUUACUGCGAGUCACUCUGCUAUGCAAACAAGCCCUUGCAAAACACUGAUUGACCAGGUUCCAGCGGAGGUAGGCUUUUAACAUAACCUUGAGUUGACUGCAUUCUUCUGUGCCCUUGACUGUAAUAAAAAGGAACGUGGUCAAUUUACUGCUCCUACUUUUCCAAGUGAUCCCUGUGAAAGCCCAGUUCCUGUUUGGCACACAUAGCAAAGCCUUGCAACUCCACUGGAAGUUUGCCUCUAAUCUGUGGGCAGUGACCUAGAUUGCUGAGAAGGUGCCGCAGGUCGUCGUGCAGUGUCCUGUCCUGAUGGAGCAGCUUCGCUCAAGCGUUUUUGGAUCCUCUGGGAACUGUCGUUUCUGCAACCUCAGUCUCUCUCUGCUCAAGAGAAAAAGCUUCAAGGAUGCAUUGGAUGCCACGGGCUGGGCUGCAGGAGCUGCUAGUUAAUUCUGGAUAAACAUCAGCCGCCAAAGAGCAGAGGAUGAGGACCACAGACGCCCUUGAAAGCCCCAGCAUCCUUCUGGAUAGACACUGACCAAAACCGGUGCCUUCUGCCCUUCACGGUCCAAGACAACAACAUGAUUCCUCUUCUAAUUGCCUGCAUGUAUCGGUCUCGGUUGGAUGUUCCUGGAGUUGGGAGGAGGGUCCCGGGGAGGGGGACGUUAUCGUUUCCUUUUUUAUUGUAUUACAAUGUAAAGAAUCACAUUGACCCCAGGUGUUUCCAGCACAGCUUGUAGUUUGGAGGCUUGCUCAACACAAGUCUGGUUCACCCUGUCCUAGCUUUGGUUUCACCAAUCCACAGCUGAGUUUCAAGAGCUGUUGUCUUUGUCUGUUUGCUCUGGAGAAAGGGGUCCGAAGUAUUUGGAAGUAACCCUGACUAGCUUGUUAGGAUUAACUGUUCCUAGCAUGCUCCCACCGGUUACACUAGCAGGCGCGUUUCUUCCCUUCCAAGGUUCCCUCCUAAACAAUAAAGUGUUUAAUGGUCACUGUGUGCUGUGAGAUACUUUCAGUCCCAUGAGUUUGUAAAUUGCUGUUUUCUGCCUACUACCCAUGCCAACAAAAACUCCAAACAAGUGUGAGGAAUAGAAAUAUUUUAAGUCACAGCUUAUAAAUCGCAAAACUUGUUCAUUUUGGUCGCGGGCUGAAUGACUUUGGCUUAUUUGAAAGUACUUGGAAUCUGCGUGCAAAGCCCUGGCUGAAGGGAACUGGCGUUGGUGAAUCAUACUGAAAAAACCUUUGCCUCUGAAUGCAGACCCAAGUUAUCUUUCUUUGCAUCGGCUCUU